AAAGAUCAGAGCAAGUUUUACGGCGAUUUGCUGGAAAAGCGCAGGACGCAGGCGGAAAAAGAGCAAGAAAUCAUGCGUCUCAAGAAGGUCAAGAACAAGGAAGAAAAGCAGAAGUGGGACGAUCGUCACUGGUCUGACAAGGAGCUCGAGCAGAUGACUGAACGGGACUGGCGUAUCUUCCGCGAAGACUACAACAUCACCGUCAAGGGCGGGAAAUUACCCAACCCAUUGCGUUCUUGGAAAGAAGCCAAUUUGUGCGAAGAGCUGGACGCCAUCAUCAAGACCUUGGGCUACGAUGAACCCACGCCGAUUCAGCGUCAAGCCAUUCCGAUCGGGCUCCAGAAUCGGGACAUCAUUGGUGUGGCUGAAACGGGUUCGGGUAAAACAGCCGCUUUCUUGUUGCCACUACUUGUGUGGAUCAUGUCGUUGCCGAAAAUGGAUCGGCAGAAGCAGAGCGACGAAGGGCCUUAUGCCAUGAUCAUGGCCCCGACUCGAGAACUGGCUCAGCAGAUUGAAGAAGAGAGCAACAAGUUUGGAGGUCCGUUGGGAAUCCGCACCGUCGCUGUUAUCGGUGGUUUGAGCAGGGAAGAGCAAGGCUUCAAAUUGCGUCUCGGUUGCGAGAUUGUCAUUGCUACGCCUGGGCGAUUGAUCGACGUCCUGGAGAACAGAUAUUUGGUGUUGAGCCAAUGUACGUACAUUGUUUUGGACGAGGCCGACAAAAUGAUAGACAUGGGUUUCGAACCCGAUGUGCAGAAAAUCCUCGAACACAUGCCUGUGACCAACUUGAAGCCGGACACCGACGAUGCGGAAGAUGCGGAAAAGUUGAUGGCGAACUUCGCCACGAAGCACAAAUAUCGUCAGACUGUAAUGUUCACGGCUACUAUGCCUCCUUCAGUGGAGAGGCUGGCGAGAACUUAUCUGCGUCGUCCGGCUACGGUUUACAUUGGUUCAGUUGGUAGGCCCACGGAAAGAGUGCAGCAAAUCGUGCAUAUCAUCAGUGAGCAACAGAAGCGCAAGAAGCUCAUCGAGAUUUUGGAUCGGAAAAUUGAUCCUCCUAUUAUCGUGUUUGUUAACCAAAAGAAGGGUGCCGACGUGCUUGCGAAGGGCUUGGAGAAACUUGGGUAUAACGCGGUUACCUUGCACGGAGGCAAAGGACAGGAGCAGCGUGAAGUUGCUUUGGCAAGUCUCAAAUCCGGAGCCAAGGAUAUUUUGGUGGCGACAGACGUUGCUGGUCGUGGUAUUGAUAUCAAGGAUGUAUCGAUGGUCAUCAACUACGACAUGGCGAAGAACAUCGAAGAUUAUACUCAUCGUAUUGGAAGAACGGGUCGUGCCGGAAAACACGGUAUCGCUGUUUCUUUCUGCACCCAAGACGACUCUGGGCUCUUCUAUGAUUUGAAGCAGUUGGUACUUUCCAGUCCCCUUUCCACGUGUCCUCCAGAGUUGACUAAUCACCCGGAGGCACAGCAUAAACCAGGAGCGAUUGUGCAGAAGCGUCGAAAGGACGAAACGCUAAGACAGCUUUCUUUUAGCAAGGGUGUUGGGAUUCUCUCGGAAGUGGAUCACAUGGCGAACCUGGGUGUUGAGACGAUUUGGCUGUCACCGGUAUACAGGUCACCCAUGGCGGAUUUCGGCUACGACAUCUCCGACUUCCGGGACGUUGACCCGAUCUUCGGAACACUGGAUGACCUCAGAGACCUGCUCGAUGCAGUUCACGAACGAGGCGAGCCGAUUUAUUAUUCCCGUAUGCGACUGUUGAUGGACCUGGUGCCAAAUCAUUCCAGUGACGAACACGAAUGGUUUGUGAAAAGUGUGCAAAGAAUCGACCCUUACACGGAUUACUACGUUUGGGUGGAUCCAAAAGGAUUUGAUGACAAUGGGGAUCCGAUCCCACCAUCAAAUUGGUUGAGCAUCUUUAGAUUCUCAGCUUGGCAAUGGAAUGAGGAAAGACAGCAGUUUUACUUGCACCAAUACCAUCCAAAACAACCGGAUUUCAACUAUUAUAAUGAGCUGGUCAUGCAAGAAAUGCUGGACAUAGUGACCUUUUGGCUGGAAUUCGGAGUGGACGGGUUCAGGUGCGACGCAGUGGCGCAAAUCGGGGAAGUGAAUGACUACUACUUGGAUGAACCACUUUCGGGGAAUCCCUGGGAAACAGACCCUGAAAAUUAUGGAUACCUGCAACACAUCUACACAUCGAAUCAUCCCCAAACAUUCCAAGUGCUGCGCAACAUCAGGAUGCGAAUGGACGAAUUCGUCGCGGAGACCGGAACCGAAACCAAAUUCAUGAUUGCUGAAAUUUACGAAAACAUAACGACUUCGCUGUUGUACUACGGCACUGAGGAAGAGCCAAUUGCACACUUGCCCUUCAAUUUCCGCUUCGUCUUCGAUGGGGAGCUGAACGGAGACGUGGUUCGUGGGAUUGUGCAACCCUGGUUGGACGCGCUGCCGGAUUGGAAUCCUCACACCAACUGGGUGACAGGGAACCACGAUAACAAGCAUCGUGUGGCCAGCAGAUUUGGGCGCCACAACAUGGACAUCAUGAACAUGCUCUUGCAUUUGCUUCCAGGCACAUCGGUCACUUAUUAUGGAGAAGAGAUUGGGAUGGAGGAUACGUUCAUUACCUGGGAACAAACCCAGGAUCCAUGGGGCUGCAACUUUGGACCGGAUAAUUACAUAAUUUCUUCCAGGGACCCAGUCAGGACACCCAUGCAAUGGAGUGGCGAAGUCAAUGCAGGGUUUUCCUCUGCGGACAGCACCUGGCUUCCGGUCAAUGAGAACUACGGCGCCAUCAACGUGGCGGCCCAGGAACAGGAGAGCCUGUUGGACUCCCAUCUCAAGAUUGAUCGGAUGCUGCUGGCGGUGCGGAAAACUGACGCCGUCCGCUUCGGCUCCAUCGUCUUUCCGGAUGAGUUGAUAGCAACUGACACACUGGUGUUUUUCAGCUCAAUUGUGCAGACAAGCAGCCUUCUUCUGGAACCACAUCAAGGCAUUGUGAUAGAAUAUGAGAUAUCUCCUUACAAAGAUUUCCGACUACUCGUUCUCCUCCUCUCCUUCUUCAGUCGAAUCAAUCCCCACCUCUUCAUAGUCCUUCUCCAAGGCGGCCAAAUCCUCGCGAGCCUCAGAAAACUCGCCUUCUUCCAUGCCUUCACCCACGUACCAGUGAACAAAGGCACGUUUGGCGUACAUCAGGUCAAACUUGUGAUCGAGUCUGGCCCAGGCCUCGGCAAUGGCAGUAGUGUUGGACAACAUGCACACGGCUCGCUGCACUUUGGCCAAAUCGCCGCCGGGCACGACUGUGGGCGGCUGGUAGUUGAUGCCGACUUUAAAGCCUGUGGGGCACCAGUCAACGAACUGGAUCGUGCGCUUGGUCUUGAUGGCGGCAAUGGCGGCGUUCACGUCCUUAGGAACAACGUCGCCGCGAUACAGCAUGCAACAAGCCAUGUAUUUACCUGCGGAAAACAACAGACCAUAGGCUGUCAAAUACACCAGUAUUUACCACUUCCGGACUCGUUAAUCCGUCGUGCUGUUUACUUGACCCGUUUAAACAGAAGUCGUGUAGGAGACACGCGAAGAUUUGGACCACGCACAAAAUGUUCGGAGCCAUUUUCCGGACGCGCCGAAGAAAGAUGGAUAAUGCGCAGAUCCGCAGGGAAACUCACCAACAACAGACGGCUCCAAGUCAACGAAGACAGCUCUUGGAACGUGUUUGCCAGCCCCUGUUUCACUGAAGAAGGUGUUGAAGCUGUCAUCACCUCCUCCAAGAGUCUUGUCGGAAGGCAUUUGUCCAUCCGGCUGGAUGCCAUGCUCGAGGCAGUAAAGUUCCCAGCAGGCAUUACCAAUCUGGACUCCGGCUUGGCCGACAUGAACAGAAAUGCAUUCCCUCUGAAAAGCCAAGACGGUUCACAACUAUAA